GGGCUCGCUUGACACUUGCACUAGCGCGGCGCCCGCCGCCCAAAAAUUCUCACAGUACUACAUAAAACACGGCCGAGCCUCCCACUUAUCGCUUCAUUUUUCCACCAAACUUCACACACCAGAACACACACACUACCCUAGAUACCCCUUCGAUUCUCAGCGCGAGGAUCUGGUAUCUAGCUUUUCAGCAACUUACAGCACUCACACGCGGCGGUAUCCCCAGGAUCACCACCGUCCACAACCCCGCUACAAGCGACCCCUCGACUACAGCGCAGCGCCUGUAGUCCCGAGUCUCGACACUCACAAUCAUGGCUGACAAAGGUCUUGAGGAUGUGCCCGAGGGCCAGAUCGAGUCCAACUACGAUGAGACGACCGACUCGUUCGAUGCUAUGAACCUGAAGGCCGAGCUCCUCCGCGGAGUGUACGCCUACGGUUUCGAGCGCCCCUCGGCCAUCCAGCAGCGCGCUAUCAUGCCCGUCAUCAAGGGCCACGAUGUGAUUGCGCAGGCCCAGUCUGGUACCGGUAAAACGGCUACCUUCUCCAUCUCCGUCCUCCAGAAGCUGGAUCCCAACAUCAAGGCUUGCCAGGCCCUCAUCCUCGCCCCCACCCGCGAGCUUGCUCAGCAGAUCCAGAAGGUUGUUGUCGCCAUCGGUGACUUCAUGAACGUCGAGUGCCACGCCUGCAUUGGCGGCACCAGCGUUCGUGAUGACAUGAAGGCUCUGCAGGACGGUCCCCAGGUCGUCGUUGGCACGCCUGGACGUGUCCAGGACAUGAUCACCCGCCGUGUCCUGAAGACCGACCACAUGAAGAUGUUCGUCCUCGACGAGGCCGACGAGAUGUUGUCUCGCGGUUUCACCGAGCAGAUCUACGACAUCUUCCAGCUUCUGCCCCAGUCCACCCAGGUCGUCCUCCUUUCCGCCACCAUGCCCCAGGAUGUCCUCGAGGUCACCACCAAGUUCAUGCGCGACCCCGUCCGCAUUCUCGUCAAGAAGGACGAGCUUACCCUCGAAGGUAUCAAGCAGUUCUACAUUGCCGUCGAGAAGGAGGACUGGAAGCUCGACACCCUCUCCGACUUGUACGAGACCGUCACCAUCACCCAGGCUGUCAUCUUCUGCAACACCCGCAGGAAGGUCGACUGGCUCACCGACAAGCUCACUGCCCGUGACUUCACCGUCUCCGCCAUGCACGGUGACAUGGACCAGGGCCAGCGUGACGUCAUCAUGAAGGAGUUCCGCUCUGGCUCGUCUCGUGUCCUCAUCGCCACCGAUCUUCUUGCUCGUGGUAUCGACGUCCAGCAGGUCUCUUUGGUCAUCAACUACGACCUUCCCGCUAACCGCGAGAACUACAUCCACCGCAUCGGUCGUGGUGGACGUUUCGGACGUAAGGGUGUGGCCAUCAACUUCGUCACCGCUGACGAUGUCCGCAUGAUGCGCGAGAUUGAGCAGUUCUACAGCACUCAGAUCGAGGAGAUGCCCAUGAACGUUGCCGACCUCAUCUAGACGAUUCUCCAUUUCGCCUGCAUCACUGAGCCAUGUCCUGUUCACUCCGGACAUUCGGGUUCAAUCGGUGCUACACUAAUUCGGAUUCGGCCUGCUCGGACAGGCUCGAGUCCGGCUUCAUGUUUCUUCAAAAGCACUUGGGGAUGAGGGGUGAUGUCUUCCUUUCUACAUUCGAGGCAUAUCGGCGUUUGUCCAUUCAUGUCCAAAGACGUACUUGGAAGUUUUGCGGGUAUAGAAAAGUGCGGCGGAAGUUCAGUGUCUGGAUUUCCCAAAAUGUUUGUUCCUUCGGCUCUUCCGCCAUCUGUAUCUGCUGCGAGUUUGUUGGCCAUCAUGGCUUGCGGGUGCGAUGGGAUACCCUUUCCAUGGCUGCGCGAGCCAUUGAUGACAGUAAUGAAUGGUC